UCAUCUUCAAGUCUCACGGUUGUUUCUGCACUGAUAAUCUUGAAAACAACAACCCGUGUUGCAAGUUCAAUGAGGAAGAAUUCUUUGUUUUUACGCAAAGAGUUUUUUUUAGUUACCCCUCCUUGAUUGCUUUGAAUUUGUUCUGCUGCUCUCCUGCUCAAUUCACCUACCUUUCUGUGCUCUUUUUCAUUGACUGGUAGCUGGUAGCUGGGCACCUGCUGCUUUCUUUGUUUUGUUUCCAUUAGUACUGUUGUGUUGGGUUGGUUAAGCAUAUUUAUUGAUUCGGCACCGAAAGUAUUGGUUCUUUUCUUAAUUUUUGGAAUACUGGCUUCUAAUACUUGUGCUCUCACCAUGUGUUCACUCGCUACUUCCGCCAUAAAUUUCGGUCAUUUCAUGGAGUUGCAUUCCAGCUGUAAUUCUUGGAGGUUUUCUCCAAUUCUGGGUCUUUCAAAUUUUGCUGCUUUGUGGUGAUGCGUACGAGAAUUUGUAGUUUUUACUUUUGGGAAUUUAAUUAAGGGUCUUAAUAUUGGGAACUGAAUUCUGUCUAGAGGAGGGUUUGGUUGGGGCUUAGUUGUUGAUGCUGAGUUUUUGACAAUAUGGGGAGUAAUGGGUUUGAUCAUCCACUGAAUGAUUUAGAAGAAGAAGAAGAAACCGCUAUCACCAGGAGCAAAAAGGAAGUGCUUAAGGACUUUGAGCAGAGAGAUGAAGUUAAGGAAUCAGUAGCAAUUGAGUAUUGGUCUUCAGAUGAGCAAUCCCACAAAUGUUCUUCCAAGGAGGCAGAAAAUCAUGAGGUGAAUUCAGGGCGAUCCGUUUUAGAGAUUUCAAUGUCCAAAAACUCGAGUACUUCUUCACCAAGAAGAGGCUUGGAUCAUUGCAUCGCUGCACCUGUUGGUUCCCAAAGAAGUCUGCUGACUGAUGACAAUGAGUUAACAUUCUCUAGGUCAAUGACAGAGAAGAGGACAACUUCAAAGCAUGAUCUAAAAUUGGAUAAACUCUCAGAGCGUGAAAAGAAGAAACUGAUUGUAGAGCUUGUCAAGAUACAAAAUGACGGGACAGUAGAAGUUGAUCUAGCUAAAAGUUCACCUGUUGCUUCUGAACUAUUAGAACUUCACUCUAUUGAAGAUGCCCCUCCCAAUAUUGAUGAUACUUUUUUCAGUGAAACAAAUAAAUCAGUUCCUAGGUUAAACAUUGUCAUUCUUGUGGUUGGGACGAGAGGAGAUGUACAGCCUUUUCUGGCUAUGGCAAAGAGACUUCAGGAGUUUGGUCAUCAUGUAAGGUUGGCAACUCAUGCUAACUUCUGCAAUUUUGUGAGGUCCGCUGGUGUUGAGUUUUAUCCUUUGGGUGGUGAUCCUCGUGUUUUGGCAGGAUACAUGGCUAGAAAUAAAGGCUUAAUCCCCUCUGGGCCGGGAGAAAUUUCCAUGCAAAGAAAGCAACUGAAGGCCAUUAUUGAAUCUCUUCUUCCAGCAUGCACAGCAGCUGAUAUGGAAACUGGUGUACCAUUUAGGGCACAGGCAAUCAUUGCAAACCCACCUGCCUUUGGACAUACCCAUGUUGCUGAAGCUCUUGGUGUUCCUAUUCACAUCUUCUUCACAAUGCCUUGGACGCCAACUUAUGAAUUUCCUCACCCUUUGGCACGUGUUCCUCAGAGUGCUGGAUAUUGGCUGUCAUAUAUAAUCGUAGAAUUACUUACAUGGUGGAGCAUAAGGGGAUAUAUCAAUGACUUUAGGAAAAGGAGGUUGAAACUUGCUCCUAUUGCAUACUUCAGCACAUACCGUGGAUCACUAUCUCAUUUGCCAAUGGGCUAUAUGUGGAGCCCUCAUCUUGUGCCAAAGCCGAAAGAUUGGUCUCCUUUGGUUGACGUUGUUGGUUAUUGUUUCUUGAACCUGGGAUCAAAAUAUGAACCUCCAGAAGAGUUUGUUCAGUGGAUUCAAAAAGGACCACAACCUAUAUAUAUUGGGUUUGGGAGCAUGCCUCUUGAAAAUCCCAUAAAAACAACGGAUAUCAUAUUGGAGGCAUUAAAAGUUACAGGACAAAGAGGAAUAAUUGACCGAGGUUGGGGAGAUCUAGGGCUUUUUACAGAAGUUCCUGAAAAUAUUUUUCUUCUGGAGGACUGCCCUCAUGAUUGGUUGUUUCCUCAGUGUUCUGCUGUGGUUCAUCAUGGUGGUGCUGGAACUACAGCUACAGGUCUUAAAGCUGGGUGUCCAACAACCAUAGUACCAUUUUUUGGAGAUCAAUUCUUUUGGGGUGAUAGAGUACAUGAGAAAGCGCUGGGACCUGCACCAAUACCAAUAUCACAGCUCAACGUUGAGAACCUUUCAAAUGCUAUUACAUUCAUGCUCCAGCCGGAGGUGAAAUCUAAAGCAAUGGAAUUAGCAAAGUUGAUAGAGAAUGAAGAUGGCGUUGCGGCCGCAGUAGAUGCAUUUCACCGGCAUUUACCUCCUGAGGUACCGUUGCCUACAGCCCCUGUAGAGGAAGAUGACUAUCCAAAUCCCUUGCAGUGGUUCUUCACUCAAAUUGGAAAGCGGUGCUGCUCUGCUUGUGGUUUAUGAACUUCAUAGAUUGAUUUAUAGGGUUAAAAGUUGUAUAGACAAGGGUUUUUUUUUUUUUUUUUUUUUUUUUUUU